AUCCUUGCGUUUCCACGGUAACAAAACAAAAGAUCUACGAGUUUCGAAAAUUCCACGCUUGAAGUUGAAGUUAGAUCUUCAUGAUGUCCUCGCUGUUACCAAUCCUAUUAGAUGAACUGAUCCAUCCUUCUCGCUUACUAGACCAACAUUUCGGCCUCACCCUUGACCCUAACGACCUCUACGCUCCCGUUACAGGACCUCGCGAUUUAAGAUUAGCGGCUCUCUAUCCCAGAAGUUACCUGAGGCCAUGGCGUACCAACACUUCAUGCCAAGACGUGGGUUCCACCCUUCAUAUGGACACGGACAAGUUCCAAGCCAAUCUCGACGUGCAGCAGUUCAAACCGGAAGAGCUUUCCGUUCGUGUGGACUCGGAUAACACCGUUAUUAUCGAGGGAAAACAUGAGGAGAAACAGGACGAACAUGGGUUGAUCUACCGCCAUUUUGUAAGGAAAUACACCAUACCUAAGACCUGCGAUAUCACCAAGUUGGAAUCCAGACUAUCAUCUGAUGGAGUUUUGUCGAUUUUGGCGCCCAAAUUGCAGGAUAAUACGAAAGAGAUUAACAUACCGAUAACUCAGACUGGUAAGCCUGUUAAAAAUGAUGCUUGUAAAAAAAGCGAGCCUUCAGGUGCUGGUGAUAAUAAGACAGAUAGUUGAGUUCAUGGAUUUAGAUGUUUUGUUCGUUGAUUUGUUACAAGUUCAUUUGAUUAAAUUGAUAAUUAUGGAA